GCCCCUCCUCCGCCCCGCCCUGCGGCUCCGGUGCCCGCCGGGCGAGAACCCCGAGAGCCGGAGCGGACCGAGGACCGAACUCACAGCGACCCAGGCGCCGCGCCCGGACGCCCGCCGAGAGCGCCGCUGCUGCCGCGCCCCCCUGACCCCUCGCGGCUCCGCGCCCCGUGGCCGGUGGCCAGAUUUGACCAUGAGCUACCCAGGCUACCCCCCGCCCGCAGGCGGCUACCCUCCAGUUGCACCAGGUGGCGGUGCCUGGGGAGGUGCUGGCUACCCCCAGCCCAACAUGCCCCCUAUUGGGCUGGAUAACGUGGCCAACUACGCAGGGCAGUUCAACCAGGACUACCUCUCGGGAAUGGCAGCCAACAUGUCCGGGACGUUCGGAGGAGCCAACGUGCCAAACCUGUACCCUGGCGCCCCCGGGGGCGGUUACCCUCCUCUGCCCCCUGGGGGUUUUGGGCAGCCCCCUUCCACUCAGCAGCCUGUUCCUCCGUAUGGAAUGUACCCGCCCCCUGGAGGAAACCCGCCCUCUGGGAUGCCUUCAUACCCGUCAUACCCAGGGGCCCCUGUGCCAGGCCAGCCCAUGCCCCCUCCCGGACAGCAGCCCCCAGGAGCCUACCCUGGGCAGCCGCCAAUGACCUACCCUGGGCAGUCACCAAUGCCGCCUCCUGGGCAGCACCAGCAGCCGGUGCCAAGCUACCCAGCAUAUCAAGGGUCCGGGACCGUCACCCCUGCCGUGCCCCCAUCUCAGUUUGGGAAGCGAGGUACCAUCACCGAUGCUCCUGGCUUUGACCCCUUGCGAGACGCCGAGGUUCUGCGGAAGGCUAUGAAAGGCUUUGGGACGGACGAGCAGGCCAUCAUCGACUGCCUGGGGAGUCGCUCCAACAAGCAGCGGCAGCAGAUCCUCCUGUCCUUCAAGACAGCGUAUGGGAAGGAUCUGAUCAAAGAUCUGAAAUCUGAACUGUCAGGAAACUUCGAGAAGACUAUCUUGGCUCUGAUGAAGACCCCAAUCCUCUUUGAUGUUUACGAGAUAAAGGAAGCCAUCAAGGGGGCUGGCACAGACGAAGCCUGUCUGAUCGAGAUCCUCGCCUCCCGCAACAACGACCACAUCCGGGAACUGAGCAGAGCCUACCAAGCAGAAUUCAGAAAGACCCUGGAGGAGGCCAUUCGAAGCGACACGUCAGGACACUUCCAGCGGCUUCUCAUCUCUCUCUCUCAGGGAAACCGGGAUGAAAGCACAAAUGUGGACAUGUCGCUCGUCCAGAGAGAUGUCCAGGAUCUGUACGCAGCUGGGGAGAACCGCCUGGGAACAGAUGAGUCCAAGUUCAAUGCAAUCCUGUGCGCCCGGAGCCGGGCCCACCUGGUGGCAGUUUUCAACGAGUAUCAGCGAAUGACAGGCCGAGACAUUGAGAAGAGCAUCUGCCGGGAGAUGUCCGGGGACCUGGAGCAGGGCAUGCUGGCCGUGGUGAAAUGUCUCAAGAACACCCCAGCCUUCUUUGCUGAAAGGCUCAACAAGGCCAUGAGGGGAGCAGGAACAAAGGACCGGACCCUGAUUCGCAUCAUGGUGUCUCGCAGCGAGAUUGACCUCCUGGACAUCAGAACGGAGUACAAGCGGCUGUACGGCAAGUCGCUGUACCACGACAUCACGGGGGACACCUCGGGGGAUUACCGGAAGAUUCUGCUAAAGAUCUGUGGUGGCAACGACUGAGCGGUGACCAGUGGCUCACUCUGCCAGCAACAAUGAUGCUAGAAAAAGGCCAAAACAACGUCUGUCUAUUUCUACCAAACCCACAAGAUAGCCCAACCCCAGUGCCAACAACCCAUGGAGUCUCGGCCCUGACCCCACCCACCCCUCCUGACCGUGUCCACCUGCCCCUCCUGACCGUGCCCACCCGCCCCUCCUGACCAUGCCCACCCGCCCCUCCUGGUCAUGCCCACCCGCCCCUCCUGACCAUGCCCACCCGCCCCUCCUGACCAUGCCCACCCGCCCCUCCUGGUCAUGCCCACCUGCCCCUCCUGACCGUGCCCACCCGCCCCUCCUGGUCAUGCCCACGGGCCUGGUUGGUCUGGAUGCUCAGGACGCCGUCUCCUUCCGUCCACCCCCCUCACAGCCUCUUGCUGCUAAAGUAGAUGUUUUAUCUCUGACUCAUGCAGCCAUUCCCCUUUGCUUGUAGCUGAGACACUCGGCUUCAUUUUAGUCACAUGACUUUAAUGUUUUUUGGAGGCAUUUUUUUAUAGUCAUUGCCAGACAGGUGCGUCUACUCCGCUGCCACACAUUUCGGGUGCGAGCGGUCGGGGGGCAGUGCCAUGUCCUCACUGAGGAGGAAAAGGGAGGACCUUUCAGGGCAAUCUUUGAAUCUGGUGAGGAUGUGUCAUGAGCUUUGUUAUUGCCAAACUCACUGCUUUUUAGAGAAGAAAAAACAAAAAAACAAAAAGCCAGAAAGUCAUCUGUUCCUUCCUCAUGUAAAAGCAGGGAACAGAGCCAGCUCCCUGUUACAGGGCUCUUUGUAAUGGAGAAUGUGCCUUACACCUGGAUGCUGAUGGCCAAAAGCUGUUUCUAAAUUAAAGCCAGCCAGCUCUGGAACAUUCUGGAAACGUU